AUGGAUCAAAAGGAGCCUGCAGAACAAUCGCUCACUGAGAAUAAGGAUGCAACGACCUUGGACGAGAGUGCUGGCGACGAACCUCCUGUGGAGCUUCCUGUUCCACAAGUCGACCAACUUAAUAAAGAAGCAGUGAACAUGGUGGUGGAUGUUGAGUCUCCUGCGGAACAGGUGCCUACGAACAACGACAAAGAUUCAACCAAAGGAAAUGCCACCGACGAACAUGAAAUGGAAAGCAAUGAAAGCACCAGCAAGGAACAAAGCGAAGGAAGGGCUCCUGUUUUUGAAAAAAAGUCAGCAUCGUGCGGAACGCCUAUCAAACUAGUGUUUGGCAUGGUCUUAUUGGCGUUGUGCGCAGGUGCAGUGUUGAAUUUUUUCUUUUUUGACACUACUGAUACUGUCCUCAAAACAUCACGUUUCAAUGCUACUGAUCCUGCCAACAGUUCGGGUCCAAAUCCAACUAUCAUCACAAGCUCUCCAACGACAACUAGUCCUCCCACAAGAACUCCCUCGAAAUCUCCCACCAUGAUUCCUACUAUCAGCGGUGUUCCGACUGUCAGCAUUUCGCCAACGAUGAGGCCUUCUAGCCAACCAUCCAAUCGUCCAACAUUAAGUGCAUCGCCAUCUAGCAAGCCAUCAAGUGGACCAAGCAGUCGCCCGACGAUGAGCGAGUCACCCACGAAGGGACCUACAAGCCAACCAUCCGCCCGGCCUACCAUCAGACCUAGCGAAGUACCGUCAAAGAGCCCUACCGAGCGCCCAUCCAAACGUCCAACUGUAAGCAAUGCUCCUUCGAACGUGCCUAGCAACCGACCAUCUACACGUCCUACCGUUAGUGAUGCACCAUCGGAAAUGCCCACAACCCAACCAAGCAAUCGUCCGACAAUGACACCCAGUGACCGCCCAACUGUUUCACAAAGCCCUACCAAGUCUCCGACAGAAUCACCGACCCGAAUUCCAACGGUAUCACCAACAAAUCCACCAACUCGACGACCUACGGAAACGUUCAAAAUGAAGCUACAAAGCUAUUUGGAAGAUGACAUUGGAAUCCUAGUCGAAUCCAACAAAGCUAACCAAGCUAUUACACAGAUUGCGGAGGAGGCAGAUGAGAAUGAAUCUCUAACACCAAAACUUGUUCAACGAUACGCAAUGAUCAAUAUGGAAUUGGCACUCUUUGAUAGCAGCGCCGGUGGAAAUUUGGGUCGAUUCAAACAAGAUGAAUGUUCUUGGACUGGGGUCAAAUGCAAUGGAAAUCGAGAAGUGGUUGACAUUCGGCUUUUAGGAAAAGGAAUGCAAGGGAGCAUCCCAAGUGAGAUUGGCUUGUUACAAGCGUUGACACAAUUGAACCUUGCAAGCAACAAUCUUCAGGGCAAGCUUCCAGAAGAAUUGUACAAUUGCCUGUCCCUUGAGAAGCUAUUCCUGUAUCAGAAUCGCUUGACAGGAACAAUCAGCGACAAAAUUAUCAAACUGUGGAGUCUUACGGAUUUCAAUCUCAGCAGCAAUCGGAUUUCUGGGCGUAUUCCAUCUACAAUGCGUUCCGGUGGUCGUGGGAUCUACAAAAUUCGCACAUUCAAUGUGUAUGACAAUCAAAUGACUGGAUCAUUUCCAGCUGAAGGUUCCAGACUACGCCAGAUGUUUUAUUUGGACUUAGGACGAAAUAAAUUUUCAGGGACCAUCCCAAGAUCAGUAUUUGCGACUGAAUUUGUCCGUCUACGAUACUUGUACAUUGACCACAACCAGUUCACGGGAACGCUUCCUUCCGAUUUAAUGAGCGCCGGAGACAACAGGCUUAAAGCCCUUGCUGUGAAUGACAACCGGUUCAGGGGUGCAUUGCCAGGAAAUCACAUGUUCAUCAAUGAGCUAAUGCAAAUUACUGCACAGAACAAUCAAUUUACAAGCAUGGAUGACCAAACUUCCACCAUGGAUCCUGAGCUGGCUGCUGCUUUCAAGCGGCGUCGUGAACAAGUACAGGUACACCAAGUACACAAUGAACGAAAGACCAUCCUCCCAGUGAAGAAGACAUCACCAACUUCCACUGCAGUAAAGGAGGGAAAAAAUCCAACUUUCAAUGACGGAAAAGAAACUGAGCGCUCUGCGAAGAAAGCAGAGAAACAAGAGAAGCGCCGAUCAUCAAGAAGCCAAAACCGUCAAUCCGAAGAAAAGAGUGAUGCUGGUCGUAAAGCGAGUACAAAUAAAGUGCAGCCCAAAAGUGAAGCUACAGUGACGAAAGACAAGCAGCAAGCAGAAGAACACGCACCUAUAAGCCAAAAGCGAAAAUCGGAAAGCUCAAAUGUGAAGGAACAAUCCAGAAGGAAGAGCAAAAGAGAGCAGCCAAAAAAGAGCGAUGGUGAAAAGGCGACUACAAGUCUAUUGCAACCAAAAAGUGAAGCUACAUUGUUGAAAGACACGCAAGUAGAUGAACAAGGACCUAAUAUCCAAAAUCGAAAAUCCAAAAGUGCUGAUGAUAGGAAAAAAGCCAAAAGGACGAGCAAAACAGAGCUGCCCAAAAAGAGCGAAGCGGCAGAGGAGACGAACAAACAAUCACAACCAAUUCUGUCACCUCAAGUAAAAAGUACUGAUGUGGACGAAAAGGUCAAGCAACCGAAAAAGGAGCAUUGUAGCACACCAGAGCAAACUAAAGUCAAAGCGCAAACGAACGAGAGAAAGCCAAACAGCCCCCAACUGGUUCAAUCGAAAACUGUUGAACGAAAGGUUGCAGCUAGUAGUCCAGCGAAGACUUCAGUUGUGAAGGCCCAAGCGCAAAUGAAUGAGAGAAAGUCAAACAGUUCCCAGCAACUUCAAUCGAAAACUUUUGGAGAAAUGGGUGCAGCUAGCACUCUAGCGAAGACUGCAGUGACGAAGGCCAAAGCGGAAACGAAUGAGGGAAAACCAAAUAGUCCCCAACACGUUCAAUCGAAAACUGUUGAACAAAAGGGGAACCGUAGUACUCCUCGAGGGCAGGCUACAGUUAUGAAUAAGAAUGAACAAACGAACGAACAAACACAGCGAUCUCAUUCACCUCAUCUGAGCAAAAAGUCCACAACUGGUCAGGAAAAGCACAUCAAGAAGACUGCGGUAAAGAAAGAAUCACCUAGAUGUCAAGAUAAUCGUGACAAGAAGAUUGAUCAUGUGGAUAUAGACGAAGAGGCACCAAGGAGCAAAUCGCUGGAAACCGAUCCAGUGGACAAAUACUAUGGAUGCGAAGGUGGAAAUCACACGAAAUGGAAAAGGCACAAGAAGAAAUUUUGCGGUGCUGUGUUAUUGGUGCUCUUGGUAACGCUUGUUUUCUUAAUUUGGUCUCUGGUACAAUUUCGCGAGAAAUACGCCAACCCAGAACGGGGAACAAACAGUGGUGGAUUUGCUCCUUUUGAUCCAUUCUUAGACGAUCCCAUUGCACCCAGCCCAACAAGUCCUUCCACUCCGCAGCCAACAGUUGUCCCACCAAUCAAGAUAUAUCUCGAGGAUGAGUUUGGGAUUACCAUUGAAUCUGACGAAGCAAAGCUAGCAGUCGCCCAGCUGAUGGAGGAAGCCACAGCAAAUGGAGGCAAUGGUGAAAUUCUUCUUACUCCAAAGACUGUUCAGCGGUUUGCUUUGAUGAAUAUGAAUUUAGCAUUUGCAAAUAGAGUCAGCGGAACUUCCAGGCAGUCUGAAAUUGAAUGGGGUCAGUUCGGGCAAGACGAAUGCGAAUGGAAAGGAGUGGCGUGCAACGACAACCAAGAAGUCACUGACAUUCUCCUUGGACGACAAGGUCUGGCAGGGACCAUUCCAUCUGAAGUUGGUUUGUUGCAGGCGUUGACACAAAUGGAUCUCUCCAAGAACAAUAUUUAUGGAACCUUGCCGGAAGAGCUUUACGAUGCUGUGUCCCUUGAGAAGCUAUUCCUCUACAAAAAUCGCUUGGACGGAACGAUCAGCGACAAAAUUAUCAAUCUGUGGAAUCUCACAGAUUUUGUUCUGCACAGCAAUCGGUUGACAGGAUCCAUCCCGUCGACGAUGAAAUCAAAUUCAAGAGGAAUCUUUGGUAUCCGAUACUUCAAUGUUUACAACAACCAAAUGACCGGUACCAUUCCAGCCAACCUCAAGCUUAGACAUCUUUACUAUAUGGAUUUGGGGCGGAACGAGUUCACAGGAACAGUUCCGAGUGAUUUGGAAACCGAGUAUGUUCGUCUUCGACAUUUGAACUUGGACCACAACAACUUCUCGGGCAACUCAGUUCCCAUAAACGCAGGCGAUGGUAGAUUACACUCCCUACUACUGAACGACAAUCGAUUCACGGGUGCACUUCCAGGAAACCACAAAUUCAACACAGAAUUGAAUCUUUUUGAGGUUCAAAACAAUGGAUUCACAAGUAUGAAUGCAAACACUUGUAAGCUUUGGGUGUUUGAUGGAGGAGAACUUGUGAAUUUCAAAAGCGAUUGUACAAUUUGCGACUGCGGCAACAAGAGCACCAUGUGUGAUCAAUGUUCCGUGUAA